GUGAUUUUUCCAAACUAAACAAUAUGUCGCGCACUCUGUAGACAUCUUCGUUCUUUUCUCGCUUUUUCAAUAAACAUGGCUGCACGGUCAAUCUCAAAAAAGCGAAAGUUCGUUGGAGACGGAGUCUUCAAAGCUGAAUUAAACGAGUUUUUAACUCGUGAACUCGCUGAAGAUGGAUACUCUGGUGUUGAGGUACGUGUUACACCCACCAGAACUGAAAUCAUUCUUAUGGCUACUCAUACACAAAGUGUCUUAGGAGAAAAAGGACGAAGAAUUCGAGAAUUGACCUCAGUCGUACAGAAAAGAUUCAACUUCAAAGACCAAACAGUUGAACUGUAUGCUGAAAAAAUAGCAACUCGUGGUCUUUGCGCUAUUGCUCAAGCUGAAUCACUCCGUUAUAAAUUAAUCGGAGGUCUAGCUGUCAGAAGAGCUUGUUAUGGUAUUCUCCGUUUCAUUAUGGAGUCAGGAGCAAAAGGAUGCGAAGUAGUAGUUAGUGGAAAACUAAGAGGUCAACGUGCUAAAAGCAUGAAAUUCGUUGAUGGACUUAUGAUUCACUCUGGAGAGCCAACAGCUGAUUAUGUUGAUACUGCUACUCGUCAUGUACUUCUGAGACAAGGAGUAUUGGGAAUUAAAGUUAAAAUUAUGCUCCCAUGGGAUCCUAAUGGUAAGAUUGGACCUAAGAAACCUCUACCCGAUACUGUCAAUGUUGUUGAGCCAAAAGAAGAAGUUGUCCAUCAACAACCCAGCUGUGAAAUUAAAACGGCUAAGGACAUACCUCAACCAGCGCCUAUUGCUAUGUAAUGAUUCGCGUCUUAUGAAUAAAAAUUUUAUUAAAAAAUAA